AGUUGUUGUGAUUCUAUAGAGUUUGACAUUGGUACUGACUGCUGUACCCCAACAACACUGGAACUCAGUCACUGGUAUUUAAGCUACUUCAGUCCUUAGAUUAUCACAGUGUCUGGACUUGGCUGAUUCGAAAGCACAGCUAUGUGCAGCUGUGUGAGGAGCUCCAGGGCUCUGUCCCCUGUUCUGCUCCCCAGGCUGCUGCUUCCUCAGACGGGGUACAAAUUGGCCUGCAGGGGACUCUGGACCUCCCCGCACUGUAUGGCUGUCAGUGGAGACUCCCAGCUGCUCCCACUGCCCAGCCAGGCCCGCGUGGUGAUCUGUGGAGGAGGUAUUAUGGGAACAUCAGUAGCCUUCCACCUUGCCAAACUGGGCUGGACUGAUGUAGUGCUGCUGGAGCAGGGCAGGCUUGGUGCAGGAACAACCAGACUGUGUGCUGGCAUUGUCAGUGUGGCCAAGCCUAUUUCCAUAGAGUGUCAAAUGGCAAACUACUCCAAUAGUCUUUAUCUGCAGCUGGAGGAAGAGACUGGGAUCAAAACAGGUUAUGUGAAGACUGGAUCUCUGUGUCUGGCCCAAAAUCAGGAUCGCUUCCUCUCUCUGAAGCGCCUGGCAUCCCGGCUAAAGGUUAUGGGGAUCAGCUGUAACAUCAUUAAGCCCAAAGAGGUGGCCAAACUUCACCCUCUUGUUAACAUUCAUGACCUGGUGGGGGCGCUCCACCUCCCUGCAGACGCUGUGGUGUCUCCACCUGAUGUUAACCAUGCCCUGGCUGUGGCUGCAGCUGGAAGAGGGGUUCAGAUCCUGGAGCGAACCACUGUUCAGCAGGUUCUGGUGGAGAAGGGUCAAGUGACGGCGGUGGAGACUGAUCGUGGCUCCAUCGAGUGUGAAUAUUUUGUCAACUGUGCUGGACAGUGGGCUUACGAGCUGGGCCAGGCUAGUGAGACGAAGGUGUCGGUUCCUCUUCAUGGCUGUGAACACUUCUACCUCCUCACCAAACCUCUCCAGGAGCCACUUCCACCCAGCACGCCAGUGGUGAUGGAUAUGGACGGCAGGUUAUAUGCACGGCCAUGGCAGGGAGGCCUUCUAUCAGGGGGCUUCGAGAAGAACCCCAAACCCAUCUUUACUGAGGGACGCAACCAGCUGGAGAUCCAGAACAUGCAGGAGGACUGGGACCACUUUGAGCCAAUGCUCAGUGCUUUGCUGAGGAGAAUGCCGAGUCUUGAAUCAGCUGAGAUCCAUCAGCUAGUCAACUGUCCGGAGUCCUUCACCCCUGAUAUGCGCUGCCUGAUGGGGGAGACACCGGGUAUCUCUGGCUACUACGUGCUGGCAGGGAUGAACUCCUCUGGCCUGUCCUUUGCUGGAGGAGCUGGCAAGUACUUGGCAGAGUGGAUGACCUAUGGUUACCCCACUGCCAAUGUGUGGCCACUGGACAUCAAGCGCUUUGGCAACCUGCAGAGCAGCCGAACCUUCCUGCGACACAGAGUAAUGGAGGUCAUGCCCCUGCUGUACGAACUAAAGGUUCCACGCUGGGACUUUCAGACUGGGCGUCAGCUGCGCACCAGCCCUCUGUAUGACCGCCUGGACACCCAGGGAGCUCGCUGGAUGGAGAAACAUGGUUUUGAAAGGCCCAAAUACUUUGUUCCUCCAGGAAAAGAUUUGCUGUCUCUGGACCAGAGUAAGACCUUUUACAAGCCAGACUGGUUUGACAUCGUUGGAGAAGAAGUGAAAUGCUGCAAAGAAGCCGUCUGUGUCAUCGACAUGUCCUCCUUCACCAAGUUUGAACUGACUUCAACAAAGGACCAGGCCCUGGACCUGCUGCAACAUCUGUGUGCCAACGACCUGGAUGUUCCUGUUGGACAUAUCGUCCACACCGGCAUGCUGAAUGAGAGGGGAGGCUAUGAGAACGACUGCAGCGUGGCCCGCCUCAGCAAGAACAGCUUCUUCAUCGUCUCUCCGACAGACCAGCAGGUCCACUGUUGGUCCUGGAUAAAGAAACACAUGCCCAAUGACCCAGACCUGCACCUAGAGGAUGUCAGCUGGAAGUACACUGCUUUAAAUCUGAUUGGACCUCGUGCAAUGGAUGUUCUGGCUGAGCUGUCAUAUGUUUCCAUGACACCUGACCAUUUCCCCUCCAUGUUCUGUAAGGAGAUGAGUGUUGGCUAUGCCAAUGGAAUCCGAGUGAUGAGUAUGACUCACACUGGAGAACCAGGUUUCAUGCUCUACAUGCCUAUAGAGUAUGCACUGCAUGUGUACAACGAGGUGAUGUCAGUGGGUCAGAAGUAUGGGAUUCGUAACUCCGGGUACUACGCGCUGCGCAGCCUACGCAUAGAGAAAUUCUUUGCCUUCUGGGGUCAGGACCUCGACGCUUUCACCACCCCGCUGGAGUGUGGACGGGAGUUCAGGGUUAAAUUUGACAAGGACACAGACUUCCUUGGUCGUGAGGCCUUGCUGCAGCAGCGUCAGGAUGGUCCGUCUCGGCGAUUUGUCAUGCUGGUUCUAGAGGACCACGACACUGAGCUGGACCUGUGGCCGUGGUGGGGCGAGCCCAUCUACCGUAACGGUCAGCUAGCUGGGACGACCACCAGCAGCGCCUACAGCUACACUCUGGAGCGCCACGUCUGCCUUGGCUUCGUAUCUCCGCCGCCAGGCCCAGAGGGGCUCCCCACACCCAUCACCCCAGACUUCAUCAACCGUGGGGACUAUGAGGUGGACAUUGCUGGCCAGCGCUACCCAGCCAAAGCCAAACUCUACCCCUUCAGCUCCCUCUUCGCCCAGCAAAAACGCCGCAAGGAAGACAUGGAGUUAAGCAACCUCCAGGCGAAGUGAUGCAGAGUAAUAGAAAAUGGAAGGCCUCGCUUUUGCCUCAGAAGGGGCUUCUGUGACACUCCUUCAGUUUUUCAAUCCACUCCUGCACUUACCUGGCAGUGCCAAUCUACAUCGUCCCCUUUCUAGUUCCUAAUCCGAGGGCUGUAUGCACAAUCGCUAUUUGUCUAUCUAGUAUUUAACUUCCACGCUGCAUCUCCCUCUUUUGAAAGUGCAAUAUUUAGGAGGCACCAAAUGCUUGAGCUGUAUCAAAUACAGCAAUACAACAAUACACCUGUGUCAAAUCAAAUUCUGCCCUGCCCGGCUUCACACUCAAACACGUUCCACGGUUAACUGGAGCGCUCUAUGGUUAAGUGCCUUGGUCAAGGCAACAUCAACACUAUGUGUUCACGUAGUUCACUGUAACCACCCCGAAGGGAUUUAGACAGACUAUCUUCUGCAGUAGUGUUCCAGAUUUGACACCGCACAGUCUGGAACAGUUUGAAAGAGAUGUCAUUCAAUGCUAAUGUGCAAAAUGCCUACACAGUCAACACAGUUGUUGACGUCAAUGUCAUUUUACAAAUUAAAAAUGUUCUGCUGUCAAAAAUAUGCGUGAUGUGAUCUAGAGAGCGAUGUGGCCUAAGUCAGAUACUGUCCACUACUAUCAUUGUCACUACAUUAUCGUCCCCAGUCAGGGGGAAUAAUCAGGAAGCCUGAUAUCAUCAUUAGUAAACCAUUGUUUACACCUCUUCCAGUCCUGUUUAAAAGGCUUCCCAGGCUCUCCUUAAAGCCUAAAAGUAAAGCAAAAUGACUUUUUCCCUAUUGAUUGUGUCUUUAUAAUCUGCUGUCUUUAUUCUGCUGUGUCGAGCUUGUGGUAAUGUAUUUACGGUAAUUGUUAUUUAUGUUUUGCUUUAUGUUAUGUAUCACCCUGGUCGUUUUGAAGCAGCAUUGCUCGUUUGAUGCUCAAGUUUUGUUAGAUUGAUGUGUGUUGCUGAAUGUGUGGCUGAUGUUUAGGUGAAGUCAGGAUGGGAAAGCUGGGGCUGUCUGUAUUCCAAACAUGUUGGUUGGAGUCCACAAUAUCUUCCACUGGCGAUAUGAUUUUUGCCUGAUCCAGAGUUACGAUGUUUGUGUAAAGGAAGGACUUCAUUGCGAUCUGAAAUAAAGUAAUGUAUUUUUGUAUAGCUAGUGUGUAUAAAAUCUCUAUUUUCAGUACUGCACCUUUUUUCUAGUCGAUCAGCUUUAAGUCAUAUCAGCUGUAUAUGAAACAUUGAUACUUUGGUCAGUUGUUCCAUUCUUGCAGUUAUCCCUCUGAUGAUGCAUUAUUUCACAUGCUUGCUGUACAUGUAAAAGUCAUUUGUCAGCAACGGCUUGAUGUUUUCCUACAUUUGCAUUCGUAUACACCUUUAGUCAUUUGGCCCUCUUGUCCUCUUUCAGAGCUACAGAUGAGCUGGUCUGGGGCUGGUAGGGAGUCUCUUCAGCAGUGCUGUUGUGAAGAACAAUGUUACCACAAGAACGGCAGUUGAAUAUUGAAUUCAUCCUGCCAAUGGUUCAAAUGGCUAUAUGGUUGAGCAAAAACCUCUCUGUUGUGCAGUACUGGUGCUCUGAUAUGCUGCUUCCUCAUAAUUUCAUAUUCACAUUUGGAUGCAGAUUGUUUCACUCGAUCUUAUGUCCAGCAUUUAGUAAUUGAGUGUGCUUGAGGAGGGUAGCACAUGUUAAAAUGAAAGGGAUCAUGAAAGCAGGACAGGGAUCCCAGUGUUACAACUCCCAGUGAUUGAUAGACACAUAUCUCUAGACACCGACUAAAUCUGUUUUACAAUCUUGUUUAAAGGUUUUUGUUUGUGAAUCAAAAAAGUGCAAAAUGGUGAUCAGAGUAACAAAAGGCUUAUUUAUAGUGUAUCUCUAACUCUUUGUCUACCUGUCAUGUAUAUGGUUGGAAAAUGACAUAUUGAUCCUUUAAGUAUUUGCUUAGUUUGAAUUUGAGAUGGAAUGGUUCAAGUCAAGAAUCCUCUAGUCACAGUGUGGGACAUGUAUGUAUCGUUUGGUUCAUUUCAGUCUUAUUUGUCAAAUUUAUUUUAAUAACACAGUAGCAUUUUUCCUUUCGAUAAAAAAUCCAGCCGUUCAUUCAUGGUAUUUAAAAUACUGCACUUUAAAUUGGAAAAUGAACAUUUAAAAUAAGAACUGACGUGUUCUAGUCUACUGUUGUUAAAGAGCUUAUGUUGAGCUGAAUCUUCACUUUGUUUAUGGCCUUCUAUAGUAGUCUAUAAUUUGGCCAUUUUUAUAUAAAAAAAUAAGAGCUGCUUUUUUUGUUUGCACUAAUUAGAAAACCAUUCUUUUAAUAAAGAGUUGACAAUGAAAGUGUUUGUUUCUAUGUUCUUAGUCAGAAUUUUGUUAAGGCAAGCAGUUCACUGUUUUUGGGCCAAUAAAUGAAAAGCAUGUUGAAAUUGGCAAUGCCCCCCCCCCCGUACCAAAAAUGCACCAAACUGAACCGAAAACCGUGAAAUGAACACAAUCAUGACUUUUGUGAAGCGUUCCACCCCAAGUUUGAAAACAAUAUUUUUAAUUCCUUAAAAAUCCUUCUGAUGUCAAGAGCAGGGGAUUGUCAGCAGUACCAGUAAACAGUAGCCUAGAAAUCUAGAUGCACCCUAGCGGCAGCAAAUUUAAUUUGCAUCUUAAUGUGGGUCUGGCUUGUCAGGCUAAGUAAACGGUGUGGGGCUGUCUGAACCACUUUUACCUCUGGAAGGGAAAAGAAAAUGGCCUUUUCUGUUAGCUGGAUAUUUCCAAAGAUCAGAUGCUGCGCUGGAAUGUGUAAAGCCUCUCUAAAACCUUCAUACUUGUUUUAAUCUGACUUGCUUUGUAAUAUUUUGCUAACAUCUUAGGCUUUUCCACUAUAAUGACCUUCUAUGUAAGGAGGAAUACUUAACAGAUGUAAAAUAUAUACUUAUUAGUUUCUGGUUGGUAACGUAUGAACUCAGAAUGGAACCAGAAAAAAGAAACCAGCUGCAACAGGGAGAAAAUGAAGCAUUUUACACGAGAGUGCAAUGGAUCAUCAGUUCAUAGUAGUAGUAGUAGUAGAGUACAGUGUGGAUUCAUUUAGUUCCAGUGCUGUGACCUGAGCUGCUACUGUAGUACAUCAGUGACUCAGUCACUCUGCUUUGGAUUUAUGUGGAGAAACUUUUGGGUCCUCAUUUAUACAAGAAUAUAACAAAUUUUAGACUUAUUUCCAAAAAAAAAAGGUACAGGAGCUUGGGAUUAAUGUUGUCCCAUUAAGUCCCUAUUUUGUAUCUUCACUGAAGGCUUCAUGCCUGAGAGUCCAGCAGCUGUGAGCCUCUGGAUUCUGUGUGAAGGUGUCUGAAACACAUUGCUGCAAAGACAAACUCAUCUGUCGACACUGAUCACUUGGCCUAUUUGGUCAUAUCGCUGCUGUGAUUUUCUUUGUUAACAGUUCAACGGACUACAUGUUUGAGUGUACGAGUGAAGGGAAAUUGUUCCAAACAUUUGCACUAAACAUGAGCAGCUGUUUUUUGUUAUUGGCUUUCUAUGGUGUUUGGGAAUUUGAGUUUUCUUGUAUUUUGACAGUUAAACAAAACUCUAGCACUGGGUGCCGAGAGCGCUAUAGCAGAAGUAUAACAUAUACCAUCCAAAAAUAAAAAGGGAACGGUACACAUUAAAUGUCAGUGAAGGUCUGGAAAAGCGGUGAAGUGGUCGUGUUGCCUUUUUCAGUGCUGAAACACACCACUGGAUAUAAGUUUGGAGCAUGUUGGUCUCAUUUAAUGUUUCUAUUUUAGCACUACUCGUGCUGGACUAAUCUGUAAAUGCCAGCGUUUUCUUCAGAGCUUUACACUAAUGUAUUUAUAUCAUGUUAAAAAAUAUUUGGCUGUUUAAUAUACUUCAUGUAAAAUAUAAAGAGAAGUUUGUUGAAUUUG